AUGCCCCUGUGGCUGCACCCGCUGCACGGCGAACAGAGCCCGGGGCGGCCCAGUGCUCUGAAACUCAGCGGUGAUGAGCGAAGUCGAGGAGAGAAGAUGAGUAGCACCUUAGCCCAUGUGAAGCAAACCGGGCAAUGCGAUGGCUUCAAGGACAGAACAUCUUCCUUGAGCCUGCUGAAUUUCUCAGACGGACACCUGGUAGGUGAUGGAGUAUCCAUCCCCUUGCUCUGCGCAGACCUGCUCUGGACACAGACAGAUCCUGCGGCGUCGACUGUCCAGAGUCCCUUUGAUCGCCUUGACACCGAGGAGGUGCCAUACUUCAGGAGCAUUUUGGCUCUGGCACCUCGCUGGAGGUGGCGAUCGCAGAUGGGAAUCCUUGAAGCCCUCGAGGAUCCCCGGAGCGAUGAACUUUGGAUCAUUGGCGCAAGCUUGGUUCCAGGAAGUCAGGAGAUGGCUCGGUGCCUCCAGAUGCUAAGCAAGCAAGGAGUGAUCAGGUGGGACAUCGAGAAGGAGUUCCUCUUCCACAAACACGUCAUCGGGCGGAGCGCUUCCGGUAUCACUAGAUUAGGUAUGCAGAAAAAUAGUUUCUGGUCAAUCUCUACGAUGGAUGAUUCAGAAGCCCUUUCAGAGGACGAAUGCCCGGAAAGUGAAAAACCAGUGGCCAUUAAGUUCAUCAAGACUCCUGUCAAUGAGGCGCAGGCCAUUCUCAUGGUGAAUGAGAUUCGGCACCUGGCGAACUGCAGCCAUCCCAACGUUUUGUCGCUUCUGGGGACCUUCUUCGCUCCAGCUUCAAGGACCCCCCUGGCUGGACAUUCAACGCGCAGUACUUGGCUACUGGCCUUGGAGUUUUGCACUGGGGGUACUCUCUCGGAGUACGUGUCCAAUCAUGGGCACCUGGACCUCAUCGCAGGGCAAGUGAUCUGCACAUCGCUACUGAGUGCUGCAGCCCAUAUCCAUAGCAAGCAGAUUUGGCAUCGAGACAUUCGACCACAAAACAUCUUUUUGGACAGAGAUGGAAAGGAAUUGAGGCCAGUGCUGGCCAGCUUUAGCCGUGCCACACACGCAGACGCCGAGUUGCCCAUGGGGCGACACACAGGUCAUGGCUGUUACUGUGCUCCUGAAGUUUUAGACUCAAGACUUGGAGUGCAAGGUUCAGCAAGCGACAUCUUCAGUUUAGGAGCUGUGAUGUUGUUUCUCCUCACUGGCCUGGAACGUGGAUGUGAAGUGUCCAGUGUCACGUGGCAGCCAUCCCUGACCGGCAAUAGCCGAUGUGAUGAGAUCGCCCAUCAGAAGCUGACGGAGACCUUAGUGGAUUUCCUGCUGCGUUUCUUGGCUCUAAAUGCUCGAAAGAGACCUGCAGCCUUGGAGGCAUGUCGGCUCCUUUGGGAAGAAGCUCCGGAGGAAGUUCAGGAGAGCCACGUUGCAUUGAAAGCCAUGGCGGCUUUACCCCCCUCAAGCUCAAGUACCGCGGCGAUGCCUAUCAUUGCAGAGACUUGUUUCGAAGAUGUCUUGGACGACUCGCGCCGGGAAGAUCCACGAGGUGCAAGCUUAGGAUAUGCUCCAUCCUCUGCUCCAGCUGAAGGUUAUGUCCAGCUUCCAGCAGGAGCCUCCCCGGUGAUGAAAGUGUUGCCCCCACCAUCUCCACCGACCACGCCCAGUAGGGUUGGGGCUUCCCCAGCGGCCCCUGGGGACGACACCCAG